GAAGCAGUUACUCUUUGUCAUCGGUGGCUGGUGGAGGGAACUAUAGUCACUGCUGCAGAGGGGACAUCCAGUGCUGGCUUUAGAACUUGGAUAUGCUAUCCUGACAUAUAAACUUCUCUGUAUAGCUCCUUAUAUAGAUGAGGUUUAUGCUGGAGACUGAAUUUUUCAGCAUGGGGUUCUGGUCUGUAAGCAUUGGAGCCCUAGGGGCAGCAGUCGCUGGAAUUCUCUUAGCUAACACAGACUUCUUCCUCGCAAAAACUGACCGAGCUACACUUGAAUACUUAGAGGAAACUGAUCUAAAAACUAUUGCACAAGAACCAAGGACAUUCAAAGCCAGUGAUUUGUGGAAGAAGCAUGGAGCUGUUAUUAUGGCGGUUCGGAGACCUGGGUGCUUUCUUUGCCGAGAGGAGGCCUCAGGAUUGUCCACUAUUAAAUCUCAAUUAGACGAGCUGGGGGUCCCUCUCUACGCGGUGGUUAAAGAGAACAUUGGCUCCGAAGUUGCAAAUUUCCAACCCUACUUCAAAGGAGAGAUAUUUCUUGAUAAAUCGAAACGCUUCUAUGGACCACAGAAGAGAAAGAUGAUGUUUUUGGGUUUGAUACGACUGGGUGUCUGGCAGAACUUCCGUCGGGCCUGGAAAGAUGGUUUUGAGGGAAACUUGGAAGGAGAAGGAUUGAUCUUAGGUGGCGUGUUUGUCAUUGGCUCAGGAAAACAGGGAAUUCUCCUUGAGCAUCGUGAAAAGGAAUUUGGAGAUAAAGCCAAUCUGACAGCUGUCCUCGAAGCUGCAAAGAAAAUCGACACACAGUCAGCAGACGGAACCAAAUAAACAUCUAUAAUGCUACCUUGUAGCUCUGCAACAGUAACACUGUGUUCCAGACAUAACCCUGCAUAGAUUUGCCUCUGAUUGUCCCUCUUUGUUUUUUUUAAUGUACUGUGUUCAUUUUUUAUUUAACCCUGCAACGUUUACAAGGAUUUGCUAUCCAGAGACAUUAACUGUACAUCUGAUGAAUGUCUGUUUACAUAAUGCUAACGGAAGUAGAAUGCCAACCACACUAAUGCUUCCCAGACGGUCAAUAUGACAAUUGUAGGUUGCUCAACUGCAAAUACUUUUUCUUACUAAUUAAAUAAUCAGUAGACAUGUGCAUGGCGAAAAAAUUCGGUUCGGAUCGAUUCGGAAUUUUUCGAAGUUCGGAUCGAUUCGAAUUCGGAAAAUUAUGAAUCGAUUCGUUUCGGAUUCGAAGAAAUUCGGCUGGAUUCGGUUCGAUUCGGUUCGUAAAUUCGGCAUUUCAGUAAGUGUUAGGUGGGAUUAGACUAGUAUUAUACUGUAUAUUAGGUGUUAACCUAACAUACUGUACAAUACUAGUGUAAUCCCAAUGGCCAUCCGAAUUUACGAAUCGAUUCGGUUAGAUUCGGAAAAUUCGGCAGAAUUUUAAUUUGGAAAUUCGGUUCAAUCCGAAUCGCCGAAUUUUCCGAAUCGAACCGAAACGAAUCGCACAUGUCUAAUAAUCAGAUCAGAUUAUUCCUGCCACACAAAGUUUAUGAUGAAGCACCUUAUGAGAUAUACUAGAUUAGAACUUGAUACAUUGAGAGCCACAGAACUAAACCUUCAAGUGUGUUCCCUCUUGUGAGUUAUGUUUAACCAUUAUUUAUAUAGAAGAAAAUCCUUAUCUGGCUCGUACAAAAUGGUGGUUGUUUCUUCAUAUUCUAUGUCUUCUAAAUUUUGAAGGGGGAAAAAAAAUGGUAGUCUUUGAGAGAUGAAGGUUUGAGUUUACUAAACCUUACAAGACUUUUGAUUUAUGCAACAAACGAAAUGUAAAUGAAUCUUCAUGGCAGUAGACCAGGGACAGCUCUAUAUCUCACGUUAUCUUGGGUAAACACGCCAAGGCUCUCCAACCUAUGUAAUUUUCCUGUGUCAUUAUUUAAAUCCAUAUAUUUAUGAAGCUACAGCAUGUUCAUCACUGUAAUCCAUGACUAAAGUGGUUCAUUGCACAAAUAUUUAAUACAAAGAACUUUGGCAGGAAAA